GGUGGGCCUGGAGAUGCUGUGUCUCUGCGGGCAGCUGGACCUCCUCAUCAGGGCACAGAUGCAGCAGUUCCAGGAGCAGUUAGGACAGGGCUGUAGCCCAGAGGAGUCGGACACGUUCCAGGCUCAAGGAUCAUACAUUCUUGACCAGAUGCUGCAGUGCCUUGAACAUCUUCCAAAGCCUAUGCCUGAGCUGGAGGACUACCUGGACAUGGUGGGUCUGUCAGUAAUGUUCCCCCGUGUAGAGGUGUUCCUCAUUCAAGGCAGCCCAGUGGACAUGCUGGAGAGGCCUCCGAUGGACGAAUAUUUCUCCCACAUCGCCAAACUGAACCAGCUCCUGGUGCUGAGUCAACAGCUGGAAGAAGAUAUCAGGCACCUUGGAAGUCACAAAUACAUUGCCCAUCAACUGUCGGUCAUUUAUCAAGUCGUCAGCUCUUUCAGAGGAAUUCCGGCUUUCUCCAAAAUGAAGAAAGACAUCGAGGCCAACUUCAAACAGAUGAAGCAGUCCCUGGUGGUGGAGGAAGGCUCCAGGCAUGAACCUCAGCUGGCCGCUCACUACAUCAACUGGAUAUUAGAACUGACUCAGACCUUAACAUCGGUGGUGUUGACCCUGCCGGAGGAGCUGACAGAAGACCUCGACCAGGCCGUGACCUUCGUGUCCCAGUUCCUGUCCUGACUCACCCCCAAAACCCGAUGCCUCUGUAUCUAUGAAUCCUGAAGUUCUGGUGCACCGGGUCUCUCCAAGAGCCUCUCAAUGAACUCAUGUUGUCACAACUGUGACAAAAAGGUGCUACGUUAUAUGACUCAACCUGGUGGAAUUGGAUACUCCAUUUACAAAUCAUGUAGGUUUUUAUAUAUUGUCCUCCUGAAUGUGGCUCAUAUACAGUAAGUCCUUAUGAUGAGUCAGUUGGAGAUGAAUGUAAUGGAUGAAUCCCUCUUGGCACUACUGUUAUAACUACUGUUAUGCUUUCUUUUUUUUUUUAACCUAAAGUGGAAUAAUAAAAUCAAAUGCAAUAGG